AUUUACUUCCACCAUCUCCCCCUUUUAAAACCUCCCAUUCCACUGAAAAAAAAAACCCUAUCCCAAUCUACCCUCCCCCCUUCUCUCUCUCUCUCUCUAUCUCUUUAAAUUUCCGCCUUUUCUCGAUUAGCCUAACCUUUUCUCUGCAGACAUCAAACCCUAACCGGAAUCUCCCUUUCGAAGCUCGUUCUCAUCCAGAUUCAGCGAGAAGAAGUAGAAAAAAAUGGGAGAUGCCAAGGAGACUGAAGCUUACGAGGAAGAUCUCCUUGACUACGACGAAGAAGACGAAAGAGCCCCUGAAUCCGUCGCGGCUAAAGUCAACGGCGAGGCCGUCAAAAAGGGAUAUCAUUCAAUCCACAGUUCGGGUUUCAGAGACUUUCUUCUCAAGCCAGAGCUGCUGCGUGCUAUUGUGGAUUCUGGGUUUGAGCAUCCAUCCGAAGUGCAACAUGAAUGCAUUCCACAAGCUAUUUUGGGUAUGGAUGUAAUUUGCCAAGCAAAAUCUGGGAUGGGGAAGACUGCUGUUUUUGUCCUCUCAACUCUGCAACAGAUUGAACCUAUAUCCGGUCAAGUUGCUGCCCUUGUUCUUUGCCAUACAAGGGAGUUAGCAUACCAGAUCUGUCACGAAUUUGAGAGGUUCAGCACAUAUUUGCCUGAUAUCAAGGUGGCUGUUUUUUAUGGAGGUGUCCAUAUUAAAGUUCACAAGGAUCUUCUGAAGAAUGAAUGCCCUCACAUAGUGGUUGGUACACCAGGAAGGAUUCUUGCUUUAGCAAGAGAUAAGGACCUUUCCUUGAGAAACGUGAGGCAUUUUAUACUGGAUGAAUGUGACAAGAUGCUUGAAUCACUUGACAUGAGGAGAGAUGUCCAGGAAAUUUUCAAGAUGACUCCUCAUGAUAAGCAGGUUAUGAUGUUCUCAGCAACUUUAAGCAAGGAGAUCCGCCCAGUGUGCAAAAAGUUUAUGACAGAUGUAAUGUCUCAUGGCAAAGUCUACUGUUUUUCCAUAUUUCAGCUCUUUGCUUCUUGGAAUGGGUCAAUUUUAUCACCCUUAAUUCAAGUCUUCACUUGCUGGAUGUGGCUUAUUACUUAGGGAAAUGCUCUAUUAUAGUUUUCUUUAGUUAGUAUCU